CAACAAUUUGCCAUUCAAUCAUUUCCAGUAUCUGAAAAUUAAUUUAAUUCCAAUUAAAUCAAAUUUAGAAUCUUAAUUUUCUUAAUUGCUCAAUUUUCCCCUUUUCGGUUAUGUAAUUUAUGAAUUUACCCUCAACCGGAUUGUUGAUUUUGCUCACAAGGGAAAAGCUUUUGUUUUCAAGGGCGUUUGUUGUUUUCUCCUUAAUUUGGUUUAGUAUUUCAACAAUUAGUAAAUUGUUUUCUCCAUAUUGUCCAUCAUGACCCUACGAAAAUUAACUAUCGAUAAAUUGAACCUUAAAGGUAAACGAGUUUUAAUCAGGGUUGAUUUCAAUGUUCCCAUGAAAGAUGGUAAAAUUACCAAUAACCAACGUAUUGUUGCUGCUUUGGAUACCAUUAGAUAUGCUCUCGAUAAUGGUGCUAAAUGUGUUGUUCUGAUGUCGCAUUUGGGUCGACCUGAUGGACAGCAUGUUGAUAAAUAUUCACUUGAUCCGGUUGCUAAGGAGCUUAGCAAAUUACUUGUUCGUGACGUUAUCUUUUUACAAGAUUGUGUUGGUCCUUUGGUUGAGCAAGCUUGUGCUAAUCCGAAUCAGGGUUCGGUGAUUUUACUUGAAAACUUGAGGUUCCAUGUUGAAGAGGAAGGUAAAGGUAAAGAUGCUAACGGUAAAAGCUUCAAGGCAACUGAAGAUGGAAUCAAACAAUUCCGAGCCAGUUUAACGAGACUCGGUGAUGUUUAUGUUAACGACGCUUUUGGAACUGCUCAUAGAGCUCAUUCAUCGAUGGUCGGUGUUAAUUUACCACAAAAAGCUGCUGGUUUCUUGAUGAAGAAAGAAUUAGAAUAUUUCGCUAAAGCAUUAGACAAUCCUGAAAGGCCAUUUUUAGCUAUCCUCGGAGGUGCUAAAGUUGCUGAUAAAAUCCAAUUGAUUGAGAAUCUUUUGGAUAAAGUUAAUGAAAUGAUCAUCGGAGGAGGAAUGGUCUUCACUUUCCUUAAAGUAUUAAACAAUAUGAAAAUCGGUGGGUCUCUUUUUGAUGAGGAAGGAGCAAAGAUUGUGACCAAGUUGAUGGAGAAAGCGAAAGCAAAUAAUGUCCAGAUUCACCUACCGGUUGAUUUCGUUACAGCUGAUAAAUUUGAUGAGAAUGCUAAUGUUGGAUCGGCAACCGUUGAAUCAGGUAUUCCUGAUGGUUGCUUAGGACUUGAUUGUGGUCCUAAAUCAGCUGAGAUAUUUGCUCAAGUGAUUAGACGAGCUAAGACAAUUGUCUGGAAUGGACCAAUUGGUGUUUUCGAAUGGGAAAAUUUUGCUAAGGCAACAAAAACCGUCAUGGACGAGGCUGUCGCUGCUACUGCCGCUGGAGCCAUUGUGAUUAUCGGAGGUGGUGACACUGCCACUUGUUGCGCUAAAUGGGGCACCGAAGACCAAGUUAGCCACGUUAGCACCGGCGGAGGAGCUUCGUUGGAGCUGUUGGAGGGUAAAAAUCUACCCGGUGUUGCUGCUCUCAGUGAUCCAUAGACUCCCCUGACUCUCGUGUCAAUUGUUGAUCAUCUUAUUAAUAGUUAAUACACUUCACAGUCAAUCAAAAUGCUUAUUACAUUAUUUUAAUUUUCUCUAGUGAUUCCAGUUUCAUCUUAAUCGAUUCUGAUUAGACUUGGUUUAAUCUCUUUCUCCGUGUGCAUCACACAAUUAACAUUUUCCUUUGGAUAUUUUAAUGAGAUAUUUUGGCUUCCAUACUUUUAGCUAAUCAUGAAAAAUGAAUCAUGCUAAUUAUCUGAACCAUUAUAUCUUCUCCUAGUUCCUAACUUAAUUACCUUUCUCUCCGUCAUUUGUGAUCAAUUGCAAUUAAAUCCCUUUCAAUAAAUUGAAUUGUUUGCCAUUUGAAACAAAAAGAUCAAA